GGCCCGUGAAGGCAGCACUUGAGUGGGCGGCGCUCUUUGCUCCACAUUGAGCACAUUUGGCUAGCAAGAGCAAGCGAGCCACUCGGCGUUUAAACACCAAUCGGCAUGUCAGGAAAGAGCUUCAGAGUAAGCGACGGGGACUGGAUAUGUCCUGACAAAAAGUGUGGAAAUGUCAACUUUGCAAGGAGGACGAGUUGUAAUAGAUGUGGAAGAGAGAAAACCACAGAGGCUAAGAUGAUGAAAGCAGGAGGAACUGAGAUUGGGAAAACUCUGGCUGAGAAAAGCAGAGGACUUUUCAGUGCGAAUGACUGGCAAUGUAAAACAUGUGGGAACGUUAACUGGGCGAGGAGGUCAGAAUGCAACAUGUGUAACACUCCCAAAUAUGCCAAGCUUGAAGAAAGAACAGGUUAUGGUGGUGGUUUUAAUGAAAGGGAAAAUGUAGAGUACAUUGAGCGAGAGGAAUCCGACGGUGAAUAUGAUGAGUUUGGAAGGAAAAAGAAAAAGUAUCGUGGAAAGAGCAAGUCUUCCUCAAAAGGAAGUGAAAAGAAAGAGGUGUCGAAAAAAGCUCAGCCUCCGCCGCCACAACAGCAGGAUGAUGAUGAUGAAGAGGAGGAGGAGGAUGAAGAUGGUGACCUGUCAAAGUACAAACUGGAUGAUGAUGACGAAGACGAUGAAGACGGCGACCUGUCAAAGUACGACCUGGACGCUAGUGAUGAUGAGAAGGAGCAAGCUAAGAAAAAGGGCAGCCGUUCAGGCUCGUCCCGGUCCCGCUCGUCCUCACGCUCCUCCAGCUCCAGUUCUCGGUCGAGGUCCAGAUCUGGUUCUAGGAGCUCUUCUAGUUCCCGAUCCGGAUCUCGCUCGAGGUCCCGCUCCAGAUCCAGCUCCAGGUCUGGAAAAGGCUCCCCGGCCCGGAAAAGGUCCGUCUCACCGUCCUCCUCACCUGAGGGGGGAGAGAAGCGCAGUCGUUCCAGGUCGUCAUCUGGAGGGAGAAAACGGAGGCGCUCCAGAUCCCAUUCGUCCGAAAGGUUUGGGUUUAAAGUGGAAUACCACAGUGGCACUCACCUCGUUCACGACCUUGUGCUGCUUUUCAUGAUCUGACAAUGACUUGAUACAGUACAAGUAUGCCGAGUAUGUUGAUUUCUUUUAAUACUAACGUAUCUUCCCUUCCCAUCGUCUUAUGUGCUUUCAGGCGCAGCAAUCAGUCCUCCGGAUCCUCCCAUUCUGGCUCCAGUUCAAAAAAGAAAAAAAAUUAAUUUUAAUGCCUCGGUGAAAUUAACCUCAGUGCAUGUUACCAUGUGAGGAACAACCACACCCAUACAGUAUGCUAUUCACAACUCCCCUCCACACACACAUUACAGUAGCAACUCUCUACUUUAACACACUAUGUCCGAAUUGUCUACCAAUAUAUACAUGGCCUUUCCAUAUAAAUAGUCCCUAUUUUGGGAUAAUGUUGGUUGGCGGUGUUUCUGUUGGUCUUUGGGGAAUUUUAGGUCUUUUUCCGUUUUAAAUAUCAAAGCUUCUGUUUAGGCAGAAGUCUAUGUACAGUUGAAUACUGGCAGUUUAUUUUUAAGGUAAGUAUCACAAAGCUCCUGUUCACGAAUCGCAAACCGUUUUGAGUCUUAGAUGUUUCAUUUGUAAAACACUUGUCAAUGUUUACCAGAGGGAGAAACUGAUUCAAUUAACAAAUACCCCAUUUGUUACAAGACUUUUCCUAGUACAUCGUGACAAUUCUUGCUUUCUACAUAUGAAACAAGUGUACGUGUGUCAAUAAAGUCUUGUCAUCUAAUCUUUUGUCAAUUCUC